AUGAAUAAAUCAUUAUUUUCAUUAGUUUUUUUUAGUAAUCGAGUUUUACAAAAGAAAAUAUCGGAAUCUUUGCGAUUUAUUAUUGAAAAGAGUGGCUAUCAACAUUUAAAGUGGAGUGAAUUGCUCAAAAAACAUCGAUUGUUGAUUGACUAUAACUAUUUUGAUGCUUUAAAACAGUGUUUAGAGAAUAUAAUUCAACAAGGUUUACCACAUCAACAAGAUCAGGUAUUCAAAGAUACAUUCAUCUAUGCAGCAUCGUUGUACCGCUUUGAUAUAGUUCGUUUCUUAAUGGCUAGCUAUCCGUCGUAUCCAUAUGAAUUUGACUAUGCCAUGAGAUAUGCUGUUGCCGGCGACGAUUUCACACUACUAAAGGAAUUUGAGAAGAAAGCAUACUUUUUCACUAAUGCUCAGAGUAAUUAUGUUGUUGCGUUCAACCAGGCUGCUUAUCACGCUCGCUUAGAAAUGCUCCAAUGGUUGCUUGCAAAUUGUGGUUCAAAUGUUUCAAAGUAUAACAGUCAUUUGUUUAUGAGUGCAAUCAACGGUGGUAGAUUGAAUGUCAUUCAAUUCUUAGCAGAGAAACACGUGAAUCUACUCGAAACCGAUGAUAUUCGAUUGUUGGAGUUGGCUGCCAAAGGCAAUCAUUUUGAAAUCUUCAAAAUAUUGUUUGACCUUAAAUGUAGAUGUUCCAACACCAUCAUUCAUCUGACAGCUGGUCAUUGCAGUUUAGAGAUGCUUCAAUGGCUAUUGGAAAGAAGAAAGGUUGGCUUCAAUUCGACAACUAUCGAUACGGCGGCGACCAAUGGCAAGCUAGAAAACGUUCAGUGGAUUCACGCUAAUACCACCGUUCAGAUGACUAACGAAGCGCUAGAUGGUGCUGCGACCAAUGGUCACUUCGAAACAGUGAAAUGGAUCAUAGAUAAUACUCAAAUAAGAGGAUCCAAAAUGGCAAUGAGAGGAGCAGUUGGAAAUGGACACAUUGAGAUUGUUCAAUAUCUUUAUGAUAUUAUGAAAAACAAUCCUGUUGUUGCAAUCAAGGAAAAUAAUAAACUGUUGGGAAUAGCUGUUGAAAAUGGUCAUCUUCCUCUUGUCCAAUGGUUACAUUUUAAUAUAAGUCCAAUAGCAACAAUCACAGUUGAAGAAAUGAAUAGAUUGGCAGUAAGGAUAGAUCAAUGGGCAGAUAUUCGUUUCUUUGAAACAUUGAAAUGGAUUCACGAGAAUAGAACCGAACGUUGUAAAGAAUCGAUCGUUAAUAGAAUUAUAAAAGAAACUGGUAGUAUCAAGACUAUUGAAUUGUUGCUUUCAUAUAAUUAUGGAUGUACUGACAAAGCUUUUGAACUCGCUUCUUCCCGUUCAUACUUUGAAAUCAUUCAAUUCCUACAUAAGAAUACCAAGAUCAAUUGUACCGAUGAAGCCCUUGUUUUUGCAGUGGAGCACAAUUCAUUGGAGAUUGUAAAAUAUUUCCAUCAGAACUUCCCAGAUCUAUAUUUAAAGAAUGCAUUGAGAAUCGCCAAAAAGUUGGACCUCGAUGAAAUCAUUGAAUAUCUAAAUGAACAAACCAAGAUUAAGCAAAAGAUAAAAGAAUAA